AUCUCCCGGACAGAUCACUCCAGCCUGCCGUAAGCUGGCGCAAGAUGGUCACUGCUUGGUCAAAGAUUGUGCUGUGCAAAAAUUAAAUACGACAACCCAGGUGGAACAGCAGAAGCAUAGUGCUGGGGAAAGACUGGCAAAGUUCUAAAUCAGGUGAAUUCGGCUGAAGCGAAGUAAAUACUUCAUGAAGAAGGGAUGAUGAUGAUGAAGCAGCUGUGCCCAUGAGCUCAAUCAAGCCAUGCAGAUUGGGCUAUUUAAGCGACUCACGCCCUGGCCAAGGGUCAGGAAAUCUAGUCAUCAACCAACACUCGGCAUCCUAAUUCCUGGCAGUCAUCUAACCAAGCAUUCCGUAGUAAUCACAAGAAUGAGCCACCAUCCACCCUUCAAGCAAGUCGAAGCAAGUCGGCCCGAUUUUGAUUCUGGCCAUCUCUCAAGGUAUACCAAGACACCUCAGCCUGACUGGCAGGUCGGUCAAGGAGCAAACAAUGCCCCGCUCCCAGGGGCCAAGAUCUAUCAGUCACCCGCGCCAACGAAGACGUUCGUACCUUAUGAGAGCAUAUCGCCAUCUGAGAUGUACAAGCUGAUGAUUAGCUCAGUAGUCCCCAGACCGAUCGGGUUCUGUUCAACCUUAUCAGCCGAUGGCAACACCAACCUGGCCCCGUUCUCUUACUUCAAUGCUGCCGGCUCAGACCCUCCUUGCCUCAUGAUGUCUUUCACGGCUACUUCGGUAGGCGGCGAUAAGGAUACGAUUGCCAAUAUCAGGGCCACUAAGGAAUUCGUCAUCGCUAUCAUCUCUGAACCGUUCAUUGAAGCAGCAAACUACACUGCUAUCGACGCACCUUCCGAGGUAUCCGAAUGGCUCCUCUCGGGAUUAACACCCGAGCCAUCAAUCAAAGUCAAACCAGCUCGAGUUCAGGAAGCCGCGGUCAACAUGGAAUGUGAAUUGGAAUAUUUACAUGAAAUGUUUGAUCCCUCAAAUCCCAAGAAAUUAACCCAAGUCAUCGUGAUUGGAAGAAUCAAGGCCUGGCACAUCAAAAAGGACGUUCUAGUCGACGAUACACCGUUGGUCGCGUUGGAGAAAUUGAUGCCUAUUGGACGUCUUGGAGGGAUCACUUAUUCACGUACGAUCGAACGAUUCGAAUUACCGAGACCGAUCUGGAAAGAAGAGAAAGAAAAAGACGAGGUCAAGAAGGUGUUAUCACAACCACAUUGAUAAAUGCAAAUUCAAUAGAUUGUUUACAAACCCUUUCAGUUGUUAUAUAUAUAUAGUUUUUAUAUCCUAUAAAUUGCUGCUAACAAAUUGUUAGAGGUGAUCGUUGUAGGUACAUACACGCGGUUAAAGCCUAUAUGGAUUUAAUGUUGUUGUUGUUAUGACUUGUUGGAAUGCCAUAUAAAAAGAAUCACAUAUAGCUUGUAAAAUAUGCAUGACAUUUCCUCUCGCUGAUGAGUAAUUGUCAAAUACAGAAUACUUGGAUCCUAAACAGACAUCAUUAUUGAAGGAGCUCUUUCACAUAAAUUUUCAAUCAAUGAAGUAUAAAGAAUUUGUAUAUCUCCUGAAUCAAUUUUGGUGGUUUAUUCCAUCUUGAUUGUUUGUUACUUCUCAGUAAUUGUCACUCCACUUUUUAUGAGGGGAGA